AUGGCUGCUAAAGGAGCUUUCCGACUUGAGCUUCUUCAACUCCGCAGCUCCAUUACGAUGUCUUCUCAACAGUUCACCGUGGCUUCGCCACCUACAGAUGCUAUCUCGGCCCUCGAGUUCUCCCCCGACCCUAACUCUACUCGAAUCGUGGUUUCGUCAUGGGACAAGAACGUAUAUUUGUACGACUUGCGCGAUGAAAAUGGCAAAGUUGGCGAGGGAAAGCUGUUACAGAAGUUUGAGCACCGCGCACCUGUCUUGGAUGUCUGCUUCGGAGAAACCGAAAACGAGAUCUACACGGCCGGUUUGGACUGGGAUGUGAAGAAGAUUGAUCUCAAUACCUCCGAGCAAACCGUACUCAGCAGCCACGAGGCUGGCGUGUGCAAUGUUGUGUACAGCCGCGAACAUAACCUCGUUAUUUCCGCUUCAUGGGACUCAACACUCCAUAUUCACCUCGCUUCAAACCUCGAUUCUCUGCCUAUCAUCAUUCCCCUCCCGUCCAAGCCGUUCUCGAUCUCUGCCACGGGCACCAAGCUUGUCGUCGCCAUGGCCUCACGGUCCUUGCACAUCUACGACCUCAAGGCAUUGACCAUACUGACUGCGCAAACGGAUAGCACCGUGCCUGGUGGCAAUCGCGUGGAGGUAGAGCCCUGGCAGCGCCGCGAGAGUAGUCUGAAGUUUAUGACUCGUGCAGUCGCCUGCAUGCCUGAUGACAACGGCUACGCUUCAUCCAGCAUUGAGGGUCGUGUCGCAGUGGAGUGGUUUGAUCCGUCGCCCGAAUCUCAAGCCCGCAAGUAUGCGUUCAAGUGCCAUCGCCAAACCGCGGAGGAUGGUGUCGAUGUCGUUUAUCCCGUCAAUGCAUUGGCCUUCCACCCGGUGUUCGGUACAUUCGCUUCCGGCGGUGGUGAUGGAGUUGUCGCCCUCUGGGAUGGAGUCACCAAGCGCCGUAUUCGCCAAUAUCAGAAGUACCAGACCAGCGUCUCCGCCGUUGCGUUCAGUGGUAACGGGCAGUACCUGGCCAUGGCAGUCAGCCCCGGGUUCGAGGAUGGUCACGACAAUGUUCCCGAGGGCUCGGUGGUGAUUUAUGUGCGGGAAUUGGGCGAAACAGAGGCCAAGGGCAAGGCUCCCAAAUAG